AUGAAGAAGAGCAUAUUGGUGCAUCCGCAUCCGCAGCCGGUUGGCUAUUCAGGAGGGCCUUACGAUAAAUCUUUGUUGGUUAGAUACGAGCAGCGUAUUACCAGGCAUUUAUGGUUUGGUGAGGAGAGAGACCCGAAGAAAGAGCUGAAGGUUGCUGGACAUGGGAUGAAGCUUGUAGCUAAGGUCCCACAACAACUUCCAAGAUAG